AUGGAACUAGACGAUGUACAGGUGGACCUCAUCAACAAGGCCAGUAAGAAACCACAACCUGACCGUGACGUUUGGUCUAACAGAUUUGAGUACCUCUUGGGCUUAAUCGGAUUUACCAUUGGACUUGGAAGUAUCUGGCGUUUUCCGUACCUUUGUAUGAAAAAUGGCGGAGGAGCAUUUCUGGUCCCGUUUUUCUUCUUCACGCUGUUAUGUGGGGUUCCGCUCUACUUCUUGGAGUUGACGUUGGGUCAGUUUUCUGGACAGAGUGCCGUGAUUGCGUGGUCGCUAUGUCCACUGUUUGAAGGUAUUGGCUACUCCGUCACUAUGCUGAGCAUGCUGGGCGCCUGGUACUACGGUCCGAUAGUGGCAUGGAUAUUGUUAUACUUUGUGUACUCAUUCUUCCCAACACAACCUUGGUCCACUUGUGACAAUACAUGGAAUACUAAUCAGUGUAUCGAAGUAAGGGCGGGAGGUCCUGCUGGAACCAACUCCACAGGGAACCUUUCCAUACAGACGAAUGUGUCAGUAACACAUGAAGGAUUCUACCCAACCGCUGCCACCGAAUUUUGGCGGUACAAGAUACUGAACACUUCGUCUGGAAUAGAGGAAUGGGGUACCCCGCAAUGGCAUCUCAUAGUGGCCCUCUUCUUCUCAUACGCAUCUACAUUCCUUUGUAUAAUCAGAGGUGUGAAAUCGGUUGGAAAGGUUGUGUAUGUCACUGCUCUGGGACCAUUUGUUCUUCUGAUCGUCAUCCUCAUUCGCAGUCUGUGUUUGGAGGGAUCAAUGGAUGGCGUCAUAUUGUACUUGACACCAGACUUCUCUAAAUUGCUGUCCUACCAGAUUUGGUUGGAAGCUGCUUUGCAGGUGUUCUACUCGCUUGGGCCGGUUUGGGGUGGCGUAAUUACUAUGGCCAGCUACCACAAGUUCCGGGGAAAUAUCAUGAGGGACACUAUAAUCAUUGUAGCUGUGGACACAUUCAGUAACUUUUUGUGUGGUUUGGUGGUUUUCUCCAUCUUGGGGUUUCUAGCACACGACGCUGGUCUCUCAAUCUCCGAAGUGGCGGAAUCUGGUCCUGGUCUUGUGUUUCUGGUGUACCCGGAGGUUCUAACUCGUCUACCUUUGCCUCAAUUAUGGGCCAUCCUAUUCUUUUUUAUGCUGUUCAUGGUCGGCCUUGACAGUCAGUUUGGAUCCGUCGAGACGUUUAUAAGUGCCUUGAUGGAUGUUUUCCCAAACACACUCGGCAAACGGAAAUACCAUGUCAUUGGUACAGUGUUUUUCCUCUACUUUUCUACAAGUAUUAUUUUCUCAACAAACGGUGCAGUGUAUAUUUUUCAGUUCAUCGAUUGGUAUUUAUCGGCAUUUAUUAUAUUCUUGGUGGCGUUUCUAGAAUGUGUCAUAGCUGGAUGGAUAUAUGGUGCUGAGAGGUUGAGUCGCGACAUCCAACUGAUGACUGGGAGUUCGGUUUCGGUCUUUGUCAGGAUUUCAUGGGGUUUCAUAAUACCAUCUGUGAUGCUGAUUGCAGGCAUAACUGUAGCAGUGAAAUUUGAAAGACCUGUUUACCGUGGAUACGUUUAUCCUGCUUAUAUCAGUGUAGCUGGUAUGUUUGUUGCCUUGUUAUUGGUUAUACCAAUACCCGUUGUCAUGGUAAAACGGUUGUUAGAAAGACCCGGCUCGUUCGCCCAGAGACUCAGAAUGUCGGUGGUGCCAUCUCCCGACUGGAGACCUCAUGAUGAGAAAGAACGCUUAACCUACAAACAGUACCAAUAUAGAGGGAGUAUAUGGCAAAACUUGAAAACUAACAUGAGAGGUACAAGCAAGUAG